AUGGCGCAGCGUGCGAUGUGCUUGCUUCGGCGCUCCAUUGGGUUUACAGCGCUGCCAGCACAGAGAGCCCUGAGUACCACUGCCACACCGGCGGCGGAGGGUGCGGUGGUGGCCGAGGCUACGGUGAAGGAGGCGAAGAGGAGGAAGAAGAAGAAUCUGUUCGAUGUGGUGCAGUUCCUGCCAGAGUGGGGCAUCGGAUACAAGGUUGCCAAGACCACCUGGCGCGACGUCUCCUAUCAGAUCACCAAGAUCAACCUGUACAAGGAUGGUCGGCAUGGAAAGGCGUGGGGGUUCGGUACAAAGCAGGUUGGUAUUUUUACCCCCUUCUCUGCAUCCUUUGUUCCUUACUAA